CGGGGCUGGCUCGCGCGCGCGGUUUCGGCGGGAGGCGGGUGUCGGCGGUGGGUGCUCCGGCAGAGCGCCCGGUGCUAUGGGCCGCCGGUGGCAGGGACGGCACCUCUGGUUCUACCUGCUGGCCCUGGGCUUCAAGGAGGAGCCUCGCCACUGCUGCCACUUGGUACUGGGACCGAAGAUGUUCAAUGUACCAAAUACCUCUGCGCUUCACGUUGUUGCCACCUUCUUGUUUAAAAAGCUGGAUCCGGCUCGCGCGGCACUAACUUUCAGAAACUGUGGCUUUGCAGGUCCGUGUUUUGUGAAGCAGUGUUUUAUAUGGCUAAAAGACAUUGAAAAGAAACACCAAGGCUGUCUUCAACAAGUUACAUCGUCCUCUUUAAUUUCUCCUGGUGGUCCUAAAUUUAUUCGUAUGUUCUAUUCAUUUGCAAGACAUGUACUGGUUGAGGACAUGAAAAAGAAUUCUGUAGGCGCUGAUAUGCUUAUUGCCAAAGCUGUAAAGUUGACACAUCGGAAUAUGUACAUGGCAAAGGCAAGAUGCAGAGUUGCAUACAAUAAACUUCUGCAAAUUUUUGUAAAGGAGCACUUGGUUAUUCAAGAAUAUCAGAAAAAAGCAUGGCUUUUAAUUAAAGACAAAAAACAGAUACAGUCUGAAUAUGCAGUCCUCCAGACACAGUCUUGGAAGAUGGAACGAAAUGUCGAAAACAAAAAUGACAAAACUGAGAGAAUUCAAAAGGUCCGCAGCAUGUGGACACUUGUAAUGGAAAUGCUUACAUCUCUGAAAAAGGAAAAGCAAGUUGUGGAUUCUGUACUUGAUGCACUUGAAGAUGGCAUUAGUCAGUGCAUUUUGGAUGGAACUAAAGUUGUUGUCAGUGUUCCACAGCUGUUGAGUCACAGAGUGGAAAAUGAUGUGUACCAACGUUGUACAGGGAAUGUAUAUGAAGAUAAAAACCUCAAUUUCUUAACAGUCAUCCAGUUAUUAAAUGAAGCUCUCAGGACAUUGAGAGAUGAACACUGUCAGUCUGAAUUGGAAAAAUACCUUUGUGUCUUUGAGAAUAGGCUUAUGUGCCACAGGAAGUCACUACAGGGUUUGAAAGUGAAGAGGCUAGAAAUAGAGCAACAGCGUCGUGUAUCAAGUGAAUCUAUUUCUAGAGAACAGGAAAACUGGGAAGUGAAGUGGAAAAGCUUUCUUGGCCUGUGUCCUUUUUAUUUCAGCUUGAAUCAGGAUCGAGACUCUGGAUUAACAGCUUUUCAACACCAUUCUUCUAGAGUUGCAGAAGAAGAUGAAGUCUUUUGUCAGCAUCUACUAUCAGUUUCAGAUGUUUUUGACUCUGUUACUGAAGAAAGUUGCGAGAAAGAUGACUGGGCAUUGGAAACUAUGAUGGAUAAGUCAACACCACCAUGGAUCUCUUCAGUGCCUUUGGAGAUAUCAAAAGCAUCAGAAAACACAGACUUGUUAACUGAAAAGGACUUGCAUAUUGAAACUUACAAGGUGGAAAAAAAGCCUGUGUCUCAAGACAUACUAAGAAAUAGAAAGGAUGAGUCUGCCAUUUCAGAAAUAGGGGAGAAUGCAGGUUAUCCUGUCAAAAAAGAAGAUCCACUUGAGAAAGCCAGAGAUGAACUGGCAGAAGAGGUUGUAGAAGCAGUGGUAUCUGAGUCGACUCAGAGUGGUGAAAGAAAAGAAAUGGCAUUAGAAGAUCUCAUUAACUCAUUGUGUUUUGACCCGUUUAUAACGAGAAAACAAAUUCCCCGAACUCCAGAAAAUCUGCUAACAGAAAUCAGAAGAUCAUGGAGAAAAGCUGUUCAGACUGAGGACUCAUCAGACACAAAGCUGAACCUAACUGAGGUAACAAUAGAAGAAGCUCCAGUGGAUGCUACACCUAUACUGCAGAAGGUGGCAGACUCUAGAUUUGUGUGCUUUGACCCUGCAUCUCCUGUACCUGACUUUCAUCCUGCCUUGUCAGAAAGCAAGUCCCAAUUAAGUUAUACAGAAUUUAGACCUCAAAAGCAGAUGAGGGUAAGUCAUAUUGAAUCUCCAGUUUCGGAAGCAUCUGGAAUGCAAGUAAGUGAGAGAACCGAAGCACAGGGAUUAAAAGACAUUGUUUUGAACAAAAGUUCUGUAGAUGAUUUAGAAGAACAUACUUCUCAAUAUGUAAAGAGCAUCAUGAAUACUCCAGACGUACGUUCAGAAAACAGUUGUGGAACGAAUGUUCUACCUUCAGACCGUUUUCAGGGUUCCUUAGUGGAUGGGAUGCUGCACUGGAAUGUAUCUUCAUUGUUAAAUUCUGUCAGUGGUGAAACUGCCUGCUUGGGGAUAUUGGGUGAGACACUUGAAGGGUGUCUUGAAGGAGAAGAAUUUAGUAAUGCAGAUGCCAACAAAUCUGCAAGCUCUGCGUCUGAUUUUGAUGUAAUGGACAGCCCAUAUGUAACAGGGGUUUUGAAAAAUGAGGGGGGUAUUAAAAGAUCACAGCUAGAUCUACAGUCCCUGUUCAACCCACAUAAAGCGCUGAAAAAGACUCUAUCUACAAGUGAAGAGGAGCUGCAUCAAAUACUUAAUAGAGGUGAAUCUGUAAGCUCUGUAUCAGCCCCAAGUCUUGCACCAGAAAAAAGAGAAAGAGAUGAAUUCUCCAGUCCCCAAGAGCUCUUCUUCUUGGAUGAAGAAUUUACCAAGACGCCAUCACCAAAAUCCCUUAAUGAAAGAAAAUAUUCCCUGUCAUCUUUGCUGGUAUCCUGUCAACAUCUGGAGGAAAUGGCAUCAAUGCUACAUGAAAUCCCAUUAGACUUAAAACAUAAAUUGAAAGAUAAAGAGCAUUUGGAUGAGGAGCCAGCCAUGAAGGAACCAUCAUCAGGAUAGAAUUAUGGUUAAGGAGAAACGUAACCAUAGUAGCACAGUUAUGGUUCACUUGAGAGUGUAACAUCUUCUCCAAGCACUACCCGGAUGGAGAAGUUGCACUCCUAUUUUUUGCAGAGGCUGUAUUCCAGUCUCCUUUUCUUUAAGCAUGUUAGUUGCCUGUUCUUGUUCUUUUAAUAUGUCAUCCAUAGUAGAAUUCUAUGUACAGCCCCUCUUUUAAGUAUAGAACUGUUUUUAAUUUUUAUAAGUAUGAGAUGAGUAGGUGGCAUAAUCCUACAAAAUGUAAAGACAAAGUCGCUCAUAAAAUUUUGUUGUCUGUAUCCUUCCUUAUUUCUACCCACCUUCCAAAACCUACCUUUCCUCCCUUCCCUCCCUCCCUUAAAACUAGCCUGAGUUUAUUGGUUCCAUGACACUGAAAUUGGCAUAGUCAGCAAGGUGUGAAUAGAGGAAUCGUGACAGAGGCACAGAUGUGCCCCUCCUCCCCCAGGUGUGCACUGGGCAAAGAAGUGGUUCGGUACACCAGUGCUGGUAGAGAGAACCGAACAACCCGUGGGAGAUGGUAGUGACAGCAUGUGCCCCGUUGUAUUUAGUUACAUGUGAGGUCAGUUUUUGAAAUGCCUUAAUGAAAAAGAGCUAGUAAUGGUUGUACAGAAGAUUUUCACUAAAACAGUUGGUAUUUAAUGGAGUACUAGGAAUUUAACAAGCUAGUCUGAAGCCUGUCGUGGGUACAUGCUGCGCACAGGCGCAGGACUGUUCUUUUGGAAGAUCAGGAAGGGAUGAUUUGGAGAAGCAGGUGUAGGUAGUU